CACGGCACGAGUCACUUGUUGGUCUUCGCGGCUUGAAGAACAGUGGACUGAUUUUUUUUUUUUUUUUGACACAUUUCUGCUUCAGUCUCUUUAGUUUGUUGUUUUUGUAUCAAAUACAAGGUUUACUGGCCGAGAAGGUUUGGAGAAGGACCGGGAAUUGUCACUUUUGAUUCAUGGACUCAUCACGGACUUUUGCGAAAACUGUCAAGAGGCGAGCUUGACUUAAUUCAAUCAACAUUCAGAUUUAGCUAGCCUGAAGUUGUGUUUGGACAGUAUGGGAGUCCUGAACAUCGUGCUGUUCAUCUUGAAGGCUGUGGUACUGAUCGAGUGUGCACGAGGACCGCCACGGGUGUCUGAGAAAGUCGUCCACCGCCAAACGGCUCGCCUCGGGAGUGCCAUCAAGCUGCCUUGCCCAGUGGAUGGAGACCCUCCACCCCUCAUAAUGUGGACCAAAGACGGGCGCAACAUCCACAGUGGCUGGAUCCGUUUCCGCAUCCUGCGCAUGGGCCUCAAGAUCAAGGAGGUGGAGGCGGAUGACACGGGAACCUACAUCUGUAAAGCCACGAACGGAUUUGGAAGCGUCAACAUAAACUACACCCUCAUCGUCAUUGAUGACUCAGGUUCUGAUAGGACAGGACCUGCCAUGUCUGAUGGAAGGCAGUCUGAGCAUGGUUCUGAUGGCUUGGCGGAAAAGCUUGUACGCCCACGCUUCACCCAGCCCGCCAAAAUGAGGAAGAGGGUGAUAGCCCGACCCGUGGGCAGCUCAGUACGGCUCAAAUGCACGGCCAGUGGGACCCCUCGGCCCGACAUCGUGUGGCUGAAGGACGACCAGCCGCUAACCGGGCAGGAGGUCGGUGAGGGUCGCCAGAACAAGUGGACCCUUACCUUGAAGAACCUGAUGCCCGAGCACAGUGGCAGAUACACCUGCAGGGUGUCCAAUCAGGCUGGAGAAAUCAAUGCCACGUACAAAGUGGAGGUCAUACAGAGGACCAACUCCAAACCUGUCCUGACGGGCACCCACCCUCUCAACACAACGGUGGACUACGGCGGGACCACGUCGUUCCAGUGCAAAGUGAGGAGCGACGUAAAACCGGUGAUCCAGUGGCUGAAACGCGUGGAGACUAAUGAGGAGAGCCGCUACAACUCCACCAUUGAAGUGGGAGACCACCGCUUUGUGGUGCUACCCACAGGGGAGGUGUGGUCACGACCGGACGGCUCCUACCUCAACAAGCUGCUCAUUACCCGCGCCAAGGAGGAGGAUGCCGGCAUGUACAUCUGCUUAGGUGCCAACACCAUGGGUUACAGCUUCCGCAGCGCCUUCCUCACUGUUCUGCCAGACACCAAGCCUCCCGUCACGCCCAUCUUUCCGGCUGCCUCCAGCUCCCUCCCCUGGCCAGUCAUCAUCGGCAUCCCAGCUGGAAUAGUGUUCAUCUUUGGCACGGUGCUGCUCUGGUUCUGCCAGAGUAGGAAGCAGUGUCCCCCUCCCGGCGGCCCCGCCCCGACCCCGCAGGCGCUGCACGGCUCUCAGCGGCCCCCGUGUCGAGAGCGUGACCGAGGCUGCGUGCCUGCGUCGUCCGGCUCAUCCAGCCCGGACAAAGACUGCAUGAGCUCCAUGAACUACGAGGAGUACCUGGCGCAGCAGCAGCUCCUCCUCAACCAGGGAGGAGCCGCUAUCCCGGCCAAGAUCUAUCCCAAAAUCUACACUGACAUUCACACGCACACGCACUCCCACGUGGACGGCAAAGUACAUCAGCAUCAACACAUUCAUUUCCAGUGUUAGCAAACAAGACUACAAAAAAAAACCUCUUCUCACAGCAGGACAUUAUCAGGAGAAAAAAAACUGGCCAGUCAAGAGACACCACGAGCUACAGCAACAUGGAGACGUCCACUUUUGGUGCUGUUUCUUUUAUUUCUGUCAGAUUCUCACGCCACUUCAAAUCUGUCGGCCCUUGUUGUGCACUUCAUUCGAACAGGACAAAGAAUUCUGUUGCGUGUGAGUUUGACUGCAGCUGUUCAAGGCCUAAUGAGAAGGUCUUCUCCUGCAAAGCUGGAAAUGGAGGUCACGUUUCACCUUCUGUUUAAUCAGCUGCCGUCCGUGCUCUGUCCGCUAAUGACACUAAAAAUGGUACUCACGGAACACAAAAGGGCUUCUUAUGUCGUCCUACUCAGGUAGUCCUUAUGUCAAAGAAAGCUGACCACUAUCUUUUGUAUCACACUUCCUCAUCCCCCACUUAGCAUAUAGGAGAAACUUAGGCGCCAUUUAGGCUAAAUGGUCACAACAUUAGGUACACCUGCAGUAAACAAUGAUAUCCAACACAAGAACCGCAAAGAUAUUAAUGCUUGGAUUUGAUUGACAUUAUCAGAGUGGGAUUCAUUUAACGAUAACAUAGUAGUAUGUCACCUGUGCGUAUGUGUAAAUGUACACUGCGCUGUCAUAUACGACGUCUUCACAGUUUGAUGCCAAAGAAUACCAAAUGUUUGGUGGAAAUUAUGUUUUCAUGGUGUUUGUGUCAUCAUAUGAAGGCAUAUUGAUUCAAAAAAGACAUACGGUGUAUGGAAAGCCCUCAUCAAGACCUGUCAUUUGAGGUAUGACUGGACGUGGUUACAAGUUUACUUUUGUCAUUUAAAUGAUUGACCUUUUGGGCUAUUUUGUCAUCAAAAACAACAUCAGGAAAGCUGUGAUGAGAGCCUUUAAUUUGAGAUAUGACUUGAUGACGUUUCAUCCAAAUUGAAUGUUGACAGCAAUUUUGAGGAUGAUUGGGACUAAAAAUGUGAAAAUAUGGGGUCUUCUUGUGUUUCACCUUUGACCUUAAACUUGAAGCUUUGUUCUGCACGAGGCUCCGAAGUCCGAGAAUCAAUUUGGUGAAUGUCAAAUGUCCCUGUGCUGGUGAGAUUAACAAGUCAAGAUUUUACGUUUUUUUUUUAUUCAUGUUUUUGGCCCUUGUGUCAUCAUAUGAAGACAUUUUGACACAAUAAUACCAGAUUGAGAAAGCGCUUUUAGUUUGAGGUGUUAGUCGAUGUGUGUUACUUUUGAACAUGAAGGAGAUUAGUGGUACUUUCAAGCAAAAGAGUGCUUUUUGAAGACUACAUCAUAAGUUUUACACAUUUGGAAAGCCCUUGUCAAGGCCUUUCAUUUGAGGCGUGACUCCAUGUGGUUUGUCUGACUGUCAAUCAAAACUGAGCAUAAACCUAAAUGUAUUGGUUCAUUGGAUAUCCUUAUAUCAUGCAGGUAUACCUAAUGAAGUGUGUGUACCAACCUUGCCCAAGACUGCAAGAGAUGGAAGAAGCAUGUUUCAUGACAUCUUUUUCAUUUUCUUGCAAAAUUCCCAAUCCUAAUAGUCUUCAGCCGGCAUAUUCUCCAACCAGUUUGUGAUUUCUAAUCAAGCUGAGUCACAAAUACGUAAUUUAUUUUGAUUUAUUUGUUGUUUUCAAGAAAAUGUAACAAAAGUUUAUUUUUCUGAGUAAAGCGUUUUACAUAUCUGUCAUGUAAUGUAAAGUAUACAUGUGUUGUGUUUAGUACAUGGCCCAGUGUAUCCACGUGUAGUUGAUGUAGUUAUUUGUGUAUACAAAUGGUUCUAUUUUUGACAAUCCCAAAUGUUCUGUUCAAGAAUCAUCGAGUUUGGUGGUUUGAUUAAAAUGAAGGAAAAAUGAA